AUGAAAUCCUUGGGCGUCUCGUACUAUGUUAAAGUAGUGCCUUCAUGUACAAUUAUAUUUUAUUAAAAAAAACCUAAAAAGCUAGUUUUACAUUUUUAAUAUGUUUCGAACAUUAUUAAUUAUAGUACAUUUUUCAUGCAGGUAGUAGAUGUUUUUUGGUAAAGGUUAAGACUAGUUUGCAGGGCGGAGGAAUAUAUACGCCCCCUCCACGCGUCAAAAUAUUGGAGUUAAGAAGUAGGCUCGACCUCGAUUGAGUUCAGAACUGAAGAGAGUAGAAAACGAGGAGUAACGUUGGUGUGUUUAUUAUACAUUUUACAUUUAUUACUGUUUCAUAGAUUUUGAUUUGGAUCGAUUAAUAUUUGCAUGGACUAGUGCGUUAUGUCGCCAAAGCAGAGAAGAAGCUGAUUAUAAGUGUGACACAAAUUAAAGAAGAGCAUAUAAACAUUUCGACGGUUUACAGUUUAUUUCCAGACGGAUCUACUGUGAUUGUCUUUGCAGAGGUGGUUCGCAUCAGCAGGAGCACAUAAUUUGUCUGCGCCAAACGAGGAGACUGACAUUUAUACUUGACCUGAAUUGGCUUGCAUUGGUUACAUUUUGCUUCCAAAUAAAUAAGGGAUAUUUCACUGGGCUAUACGUUUGCUAGAAUAUGUUGCUGUCUAAGUUUGGCUCUCUGGCUCAUAUUUGCACCCCGACCGGCAUGGAUCAUAUACCGGUGAAAAUACAGCUCCAACCAGUGAAAGUCGAGAAGGAGCCAUUUGAUAAGGUUUAUCAAGUGGGGUCUGUUUUGGGAAGCGGCGGAUUCGGGACAGUGUACGCCGGUAGCAGGAUCUCAGAUGGACUGCCGGUUGCUGUUAAACAUGUGGCAAAAGAAAGGGUCACCGAGUGGGGAACCACAAAUGGCGUGGUGGUCCCUCUGGAGAUUUUGCUCCUAAAGAAAGUUGGCUCUGGAUUUAAAGGGGUGAUCAAGCUCUUGGAUUGGUAUGAAAGACCCGAUGGUUGGCUGAUUGUCAUGGAGAGACCCGAGCUGGUGAAGGAUUUGUUUGAUUUCAUAACCGAGAAGGGCGCUUUGGAUGAAGAGACGGCCAGGGGGUUUUUCCGCCAGGUCCUGGAGUCUGUUCGGCACUGCUACAGUUGUGGAGUGGUCCACAGAGAUAUCAAAGAUGAAAAUCUGCUUGUGGACCUUAGGACUGGCGAACUCAAACUUAUUGAUUUUGGAUCUGGGGCUAUUCUUAAGGACACGGUCUACACAGACUUUGACGGCACAAGAGUUUAUAGUCCUCCGGAAUGGAUCCGUUAUCACAGAUACCACGGAAGGUCUGCAACAGUGUGGUCCUUAGGAGUGCUGCUGUAUGACAUGGUCUGUGGAGACAUCCCCUUUGAACAAGACGAGGAGAUCCUGAGGGGGCAUUUGUACUUCAGGAGGAGAAUUUCAACUGAAUGCCAGCAGUUACUCAAAUGGUGCCUUUCACUGAGGCCUUCUGACAGACCAACACUAGAACAGAUAUUUGACCACCAGUGGAUGGGUAAAUCUAAAGCUGUCAAAACGGAAGACUGUGACAUCAGGCUGCGAACCAUUGACACUGAAGCAUCCAGCACAAGCUCAAGCAAGGAGAGUCUUUGAACCCCUUGAAUGACCUUGCAAUGGGAGGGGAGCCACAAUCCAAGGACACUGGCUUUGCUGCCAAGUUGUGGGAGGGAAUAGAAAGCUUAGCUUACAUUAAUGUCUGCCAAUCUGAACCUUUCAUUGAGGGGAAGAACAUUAUAUAUAUAUAUAUAUAUAUAAAAUAUAUAUGCUGGUUUCUGCUCCAAACUUAAACUUUAUUUUUAUUCUAAUUAUUCUUAUUUAAUUUCCUUGUUGGGAACGUUACUGUUUGAGAGCCGCAGGCCAGUACUUUGUUUUUUGGUAAGACUGACCUUAUUUAUUAAUAUGGUGACCUCGAAACGUAAAUGCAGACUUUGCUCUCAUAGAGCCUGGACUAGUUUUUUUAAUUUAUUUAUUUAUUUUUUUUUAAAUUUUGCUUUUGAGUGCCUUUUUGAAAGCUGCUUUAGUGGGGCUUUUAUUUGGAACUGCUGCAUGUUUUUAGUGCACAGAGGGACUUGCCCUGCUUGGGCGUUCUUAGUCCCUGUUGUGUGCAAUUGUAAAGGUGCACAGUGACAGAUGAAAUAGUCCCAUCACUGGUGAUGGCAUACUUGAAACACAGAAACACUCUCCAAGUCCUGCAACCCCUUCUUUGCUGCUUUAAAUAAAUACAUACUUCAGCCUGCACAGAAGUGUGAACAUGGAUGUUGAAGCAUUGUAUAAUGAAGACCACCCAUCUUUCUUUUAUCUCUACCACUGGGCACAAAGAACCCCCAACCCACCCCUCUGCCCUUUCCUUCUCCCUAUCCUUCCAUCAAAAUGCAAGUUGUAUGUGACCAAGACAUGUCAGGGCAUGGUUGGGAAUGCACAAUCAAUGCAGUAUUCAAGGACUCAAUUAUUUAUAUAUAUAUAUAUAUAUAUAUAUAUAUAUAUAUAUAUAUAUAUAUAUAUAUAUAUAUAUAUAUAUAUAUAUAUAUAUAUAUAUAUAUAUAUAAAUAAAAAUAUUGUUUUCAAAACUGUACAGUAUAUUUAUGUACAUUUUCCAUCUAUUUGUGUAAAUUAGACAUUCCACAGUUCCACCCUGUGGCUAUUUAUUUGUUUAUUUAUUUCUUUAGACUCAAGCUAUACUUUUUUAUCAUUAUUUUAACUCCAUAAGGCAUCAGUUUUUCAGUUCAUGUACUUUUUGUUUAUCUUCAAUGUUACCAUUCCUAUUGUAAAUAUCCUUUUACUUAAUCAGCUGCCAAUAUAUUUGCUGGAAGAUGGUGUCUUUACAUAGAUGCAUAUAAAGGUUACUUUUUAAUUGAAAGGGCAGUGGAUCUUUUAUUUUCUAAUCCUUGGUAAAGUUUGACAUUUGGUGAUUGAUGUAACUGUACAGUAAUGUUUGGAUCAAAGGAUUUGAAUUAUUUAAAUUGUAUAGUCUCCAUGCCUUGCCACGGACAGUAGGAUAGCAAAAUAACACUUAAUUUAUUUCAGUAACUGUUUGUGUGUAGAGGGUUUUUCCCCCCCCAAUUUAACAGUGUGCAAUAAACAAUGGAUGGAGAACAUAUUUUUUAUACAGAAAUUUCAAUUAAACUGUUUCUUUUUUGUAUAUAA